GGCGCAGCGCGCGCCCCCUCCCCGGCCCCCGCGCGGUGGGAACCGGCAGCUCCGUCUAGCGCUGACGUCAGACCGUCUGCCUGCCUCCGACCGCGGUCUCCGAGCGAAACCCGAUCUCCUUGGACUUGAAUGAGGAGGCGGCGGCGGCGGUGGCGGCGGAGGCGCUCGGCUGGGGGAAGCCAGCAGCAGAGGCUCAGCUCCCGCGGCCCCGCGCGCCCCGGCUGCCAGCCCAUUUCUCGGACGCCACUCGAGGGCACUGCCGACGCCCCCGGGGCUGCCGAGGGGCUGCCGGGGGGCGCAGUGGAGCGCGACCCCAAUCGCUGAACCCCACAGCGCCCCAGGAACUUGGCGGAGCCCGGCGAGCCAGGGAGCGCCGCCUCACCCGCCGCGCGCCUCCUGCAUGCGGGGCCCGAGCGCCGGGCGCCGGCCGGAGCCCCCCCCGGCCGCCCCCUUGUCCCCUGCGCCCCGCGCAGCGCCGCCGCGCCGUCCAUGCACCGAUUGAUGGGGGUCAACAGCACAGCCACAGCCGCCGCCGGGCAGCCCAAUGUCUCCUGCACGUGCAACUGCAAACGCUCUUUGUUCCAGAGCAUGGAGAUCACGGAGCUGGAGUUUGUGGAGAUCACAGUCAUCGUGGUGGUGGUGAUGGUGAUGGUGGUGGUGAUCACGUGUCUGCUGAGCCACUACAAGCUGUCUGCACGCUCCUUCAUCGGCCGGCACAGCCAGGGCAGGAGGAGAGAAGACGCCCUGUCCUCGGAAGGAUGCCUCUGGCCCUCUGAGAGCACAGUGUCAGGCAACGGAAUUCCUGAGCCACAGGUCUACGCCCCGCCACGACCCUCUGACCGCCUGGCCGUGCCCCCCUUCACCCAGCGGGACCGCUUCCACCGUUUCCAGCCUACUUAUCCAUACCUGCAGCAUGAGAUUGACCUGCCUCCCACCAUCUCACUGUCAGAUGGUGAGGAGCCCCCACCCUACCAGGGCCCCUGCACCCUCCAGCUGCGGGACCCGGAGCAACAGCUGGAGCUGAACCGUGAGUCGGUGCGUGCACCCCCCAACAGAACCAUCUUCGACAGUGACAUGAUGGACAAUGCCGCUCUGGGUGGCCCCUGCCCCCCCAGCAGUAACUCGGGCAUCAGUGCCACGUGUUAUGGAGGCGGUGGGCGCAUGGAGGGGCCGCCCCCCACCUAUAGCGAGGUCAUCGGCCACUACCCCGGCUCUUCCUCCUUCCAGCACCAGCAGAGCAGUGGGCCACCCUUGCUGGAGGGGUCCAGGCUCCACCACACACACAUCACGCCCCCAGAGACCACGGCCGCCUGGAGCAGCAAAGAAAAGGAGAAACAGAAAGGACACCCUCUCUAGGAAACCCCAGGGGUGCAGCUGGGGCAGUAGUGGGGUUAAAAAAAAGGAAAAGGCAAAACACUUGGCACUUCGUAAGAGAGGAGAACGGACCACACUGAAAAAUAGGGUGCGUCACCACCCUUCUCCACUCGGUAUAUAAAUAUUUGUGUGUUCUGUCUGGUCUGAAUGCACAAGCUAAGAAAGCUUGCAAAAACAAACAAACAAACAAACAAAAAGCACCAUGUUUCUUUGUUGAGCUGUGUCUUGAAGGCAAAAGAGAAAAAAAAAUCUACUCUAGUCUUUUCUGUUUCUAGUUGAGCUGCGUGUGUGAAUGCUUCUUUUUCUUUGUGUAUGAUGAUUUCACUUAAACUUUAAAGACAUAUUUGCACAAAAACUUUUGUUUAAAGAUCUGCAAUAUGAUAUAUAUAUAUAUAUAUAUAGAAAUAUAUAUAUAAUAAGAGAAACUGUAUGUGCGAGGGCAGGAGUAUUUUUGUAUUAGAAGAGGCCUAUUAAAAAAAAGUGGUUUUCUGAACUAGAAGAGAAACCAACGGCAAUUUUUUUGAGUGCCAACUCAGAAAGUAUGUAUUAACCUUGUAAAGAUAAAAAGAAAUUAAAAAGCAGGGGUUUAGAAGUUAUUUAUAUAAAUGUUGAGCUUUUGCACUAUUUUUUAAUAUAAAUACGUCAGUGCUUGUUUGAUGGAAACUUCUAUCGUGUCUGUCGAAACUUUAAGGGGAGAAAUUUUGGAAUGUUGCAGUGGAUUGAGGGCAGGGACUGAGCUCCACUUUGGAGAUGGGGGCAUGGGUGGGUGGGUGGGGGGUCUUCUUGCAAAGAUGAUGCUCCUGCCUGGAAAUGGGUUUAUUACCUCGUGAUACAUUCCCUUCUUCCCCCUCUGGGCCAUAGCAGUCAGCCUUCAGAGCUCCAGCCAAGAGGAAAGUUACUAAGGAGGCAAGUUCUGGGUGUGGCCUUUGCCUCACCCAAGAUGAAAAUAGACCAGUAGCUGAAGGAACCUUCAUUUUCUUCUUCUUUUUUUAACCAGGAAAGUCCUGGUAGGAAGGGGCUCAGGGUUCCUAUGACAGGUUUUCUGUAUCCAUCACCAGGGAGAUGCUGGAGGGUGUCUUGUAGACACCUUGGUGGCAGCUCUGCCGGCUCCAAAACUCCUUAAGGAAGGUUGGUACAAUCCACUAGUAUAUUGGAGAGGCCUAGAGCAUUAGGAACUUGACCUCAUCAUUCAUUUGCUCUUUAUGUAUCUGUUCUCACCAAACAGGCCAAUGCGCAGAUGACGAGAGAUAAAAAUAAAAAGGCGAACAGAGAGACCCAGGUUCCUCCUGGGACAUGCAGAAAUCUUAACCAGUUAGUUAAACCUUCUCAAACUUGUACUUUAGACAACGAGUUCUUUCCCUUCUCCUCCUGUUUUUUAUUUCCUCCCCCCCAAACAAUCAUGCUUUUAUUUAUUUGUGUUGUUGUGAGCAUUUUAUCAGACAUAGUGCUUGUUUACCAGGACUUUGGUGAGAUGUGGGUUGGGGACUGGGGACCCCCUUUUGGUGGCGUGUGUGUGCAAAUUGAGGUGACGAGAGAGUGGAGUGUGGCAGGGAGAGUCCUUUGGCAUUUUCCGGGGACAGUGGGGAAAGCUGGGAGUCUUUCCUCCCAAUGGGAAGUUGCCGGUAUUCCAUGGGGUGACCCCACCCCUGCUGGAGCAGUCCUUCCCCCCACCCCCAAUAAAAAUCACCAUCCCACGGAGGUAAUUUUUUCAUUUUGGGCAGAAUACUAACUACUAGACUAAGGGGAGGGGGGAGGAAGGGUAUACAUGAAGCAAUAACUAUUGCUUUCUAGGCGACCUUUUUUAUUUUUUAUUUUUCAUUAUUACUUGAAAAACAAAAGCCUGAGAAGGGCUCUGCAGUUCUGAACAGUUGAACUGUUUGUGGACAUCCAUUUUAAGAACACAGGGACCAACAGGUGGACGUGGCAUCAGGAGAAAGUGUUCGCCAGCCAGCCUGCAGAAUGUUCUGGUGCUUUGUCACCAAAACUGACUUCCUGCGGGGUCUUCAGCCCACACUUUGCUGCUCUUUCCCCAAGGAUUUUUUUCAGAGGUCGCUCAGUCUAGUUUGUCCUGCAAGGUACAGGGACACAUUUAUAGAUACAAUUUUUAAAGAUGUCUCUUUGCUUUAUGUGAAGCGUCUCCCUAGUGCCUUAUUAAGGAAGCAGCCAACCCUCUUGUCCCGUCUCCCUCCCCCACACCCAUGGGUCCCUUGCAGGACAAUGCCCUGCUCACCAGGAUGGCUUCCCUAUUUGGUCAACAAAGGGCUUCUGUUUCUUUUCCAAGAUCCCCAUUGCCCUCUGGAGUGUUGUCCUGUCCUCCGCAGUGGAUCUGCCUAGCUCCAUCAGGCGACCCUUUCCUAACCCUCUCCAGCCUCUUGUCACUGAUCAAAAAGCCAUACUGCAUCUUAUAGCUUUGUAGUAUGGCCUAUAUUUGUAGUGAGUUAGAAGAAAGCAGGACUGUGGGCUCUGACCUCAGCUGGCUUGAAGGCAGAACAUGCCCCUCUGAUGACCGCCCAGUGUUGAGGCUGGGACUUCUGUGCUGCUGUGUCCUGGGAUUUCUUUCCUGGCUGAUGAUUAGAGCAGAAGUUCAUGGUGGAAUAGCUUGUUACAGCCAGGGUGUGACCCCCUCCAAAACAAAAAGCAGAUGGGUGGUUUCUCUGGGAAUCCACACCAGAGCUAAGCUGUGGGUUGCUCUACUGGGCCCCCAGACUCCGAGGCAACUCUCUUGCCUCUAGAUGUUGGCCGUUUGACAAGCUUUUGAGUACUCCUCAAGAGGUGCUCCCCUUUUUCCUGUAGGAAGGGGGGGGUUCUUGAAAUGACUGGAAAGGGACCAGAAGAGAGAGCUCAGGAUGGGGUGGAGCCCCACUUUCUCUGAUCACUAUUGCUCUCCUGCUUGUCAAUCUUCUGCCUACAGAGGAAAAUCAUUUCCCUCUGCAAAGCCUAGGUCUGCGCAGACGGAUUUCGCAAAGUGUGCUGAGAGCCAUCUAUGCACCCCCAAAAGCCCAGAGCUGAAAGUGACUUGUCUCCCGACAGCUAGUGAACCCUAAGGCGGGGCAAGAAAUCCAUCCACUCUCACCUUGUCUGUCUUCUCAGUGAACUGUAUGUUUUUAGAGGUUGUUACUAUGUUGUUUUUUUUUUUCCUUCGUGCAACACAAAGCUUCCAGCUCCAUCCAACCUCCCAGCUACAAAAAAGAUAUUAUUCUUCUGAAAACUGCUCUUCAGAUCUCGCUGUAGGAUGGCUCAGGAGGACACACUGCAUCAUCCUUGUUUGCCUGCCUAAUACUACAUUUCCGCACUCCUGGCCACGCCUGCACUCCAGGCGUGGGGGCCCUGCCCCCUGCAGCUGUCCCCCUGCUGUUCGACUUACGUAAACUCUCCGUGGCACACUGGGCACAGCGCCCCCACAUAGCUGCUGCCUCAGACUCUGUAUCUGGAUGUGAAUCCACAGGCCUGAUGAAAUCGCUUGUUAUGUAUCCAUAAUCAUUAGUGGCAAUGAUGACAUUCUGAAAAGCUGCAAUACUUAUGACAAUAAAUUUUACAGUUCUUUGGAAA